AUGGUAGAUCAUGUUUGUCGCAGUUGUCAAGUUGAUGGUAGAAUAGAGCGUAAAACCAGGGACCCAAGUUCACCCAUUGUCUACAUUAGAAGACUGAACUGCCAAAAAAUUAAUAACACGGACCCAAUUGCAACUGCGUCAAUGUUUACGGACUUCAACUCUAAACAUUAUUUGUUGUUCCGUUUUGUUUACACUCAAAUCGGGCCUAAAAGCAAACUUCAUUAUUGCAGAAUUGCAGUUGCUGGUUGUUUUGAAAACCAAUCAGUUGGAGGAGCCAUUGAUAUGGAGGCAACUAAAUCUUCGCUCCAGAGUGAAAAAUUAAACAGAGAAACUCCGCAAUUGGUUGCUGUGUUAAAAGAAAUGAAGGAAGGUUUGGAUACUGUGAGGACUAAAGUUCAGGCUUUGACAGCUAAGGUGAAAGCAGAAAAUUUCCGCACUGCAGAUGGAAUAAGCUAUCUCGAGGCCAAACAUUUGCUGCUUCUUAAUUAUUGUCAGUCACUUGUCUACUAUUUACUUCGCAAGGCAAAAGGGUUAUCGAUUCAGGGACAUCCUGUAGUUCAGAGCCUUGUUGAGAUAAGAUUAUUCUUAGAGAAGAUUCGCCCUAUUGACAAAAAGCUUCAAUACCAAAUUCAAAAGCUAAUGAAAGUUACAACCAACCAAAUGGAAAAAUCAGGUUCUACUGAGGAAGUAGCUGAUACAACUCAGAAGACUGAGGACUUGUUGAAAUAUCGCCCAAAUCCAGACUUGCUCGUUAGCAAAAUUGACAAUGCUUCAGAGGACGGUGAUGGUGUGUAUCGGCCGCCAAAAUUGGCUCCUGCUGCUAUGGAGGAAGAUAAGAUGUCAAGACAGGAGAGAAAUGCUUUGAGAAAAGAGAGAGAAAAUAUGCGACAAGCGAAGCAGAGUACUUAUGUAAGAGAAUUGAUGAAUGAUCUGGAAGGAAGACCUGAAGAGAUAACAGAGUCUGUAGGACCUGCAAGUAGAGAACUGACGAAGUAUAUGGAAAAGAUGGAAGAACGCGCACGACAAGAGGAGGAACAGUUCACGCGUGCUCCUCUUACAAAAACGGAGAAACAGACUAUGAAACAUUUGAAGAAGUCUAGAAAUGGGUUACUAGGUCUGACAGAGAGUUUCUACGAUGAAAUUAAAAGUUUACCUUUAGGCGACAACUUUAAUAAGGAAUUGACCACCUUUGAUGGUGGUAGCAGUGGAGAUAGAAAACUGAAGAAACGCAAGAGGAAGCAUUGA